ACGACGAGGGGUGCGGCUUUGGCUAUUCCAGCCGCAAGCUCUGCAACACCAAUGGCGCCGAGGAUAUCCACCGCGGUCGCGGCCCUCGCGGCCGGCUGCACGGCGCUGAGCGCGACGACGCGGCCGCUGCGCAUCGGCACGCGGGGCUCGCCGCUGGCGCUGGCGCAGGCCUACAUGACGCGGCAACUGCUGAUGGACAACUUCGAGGAGCUCUCGUCCGAGGGCGCGAUCCAACUGGUGCGUAGCUGCUUCCUUUUUUGAUGAGUGAUUGCAUUAUCCGUAACCGCCGCGCCCCGCUCGCAGUGCAUCAUGAAGACGCAGGGCGACAUGAUCCUCGACAAGGUGCGGCGACAGCGUUCUUAUGCUUUUGCGAACAAUUCAUCACAUCUCAAUGCAGGCGCUGAGCGAGAUCGGCGGCAAGGGCCUCUUCACGAAGGAGCUCGACGUGGCGCUCCUCGGCGACGAGGUGGACAUUUGCGUCCACUCGAUGAAGGACGUGCCGACGUGGCUCCCCGACGGCACCGUCCUGCCGUGCAUGCUCGAGCGCGAGGACACGCGCGACGUGCGUUCGGCCGCGCCCGAGACGUCUUUCUUAUCGAAACAAAAAUCAUUUGUAGGUAUUCAUCUCGCCGUCGGCCACGAGCCUCUCGGGCCUCAAGGACGGCAGCGUCAUCGGCUCGGCGUCGCUCCGACGACAGGCGCAGAUCCUGGCGAAAAACCCGACGCUCAAGUGCGUCAACUUCCGCGGCAACGUGCAGACGCGGCUGCGGAAGCUCGACGAGGGCGUCGUCGACGCGACGCUGCUGGCCUACGCGGGCCUGAAGCGCAUGGACAUGGCCGACGAAGCGACGGCCGUCCUCGAGUGGGAGGAGAUGCUUCCCGCGGUGGCGCAGGGCGCCAUCGGCAUCCAGUGCCGCGACGACGACGAGCGCGCGCUCCGGUACAUCGACGCGCUCAACCACGAGGAGACCUUCACGUGCGUGAGCUGCGAGCGCGCGUUCCUCGCCGCGCUCGACGGCAACUGCAAGACGCCGAUCGCGGGCCAGGCCCAGAUCAUCGACGGCGAGCUCCGGUUCCAGGGCCUCGUCGCCUCCGUCGACGGCUCGCAGAUCUACCGCUCGAGCAAGGUCGGCGCGCCGGCCGACGCCGAGAAGAUCGGCCGCGAGGCCGGCGAGGAGAUCAAGGCCGAGGCGGGCAUCGAGUUCUUCGAGUGGCUCCAGCAGCAGGAGGAGCCCGCGGCGGUGAGCGCGUAGAGUUCGUGCCCUCCUACGUUUCCCCGUUUCGAUGAUGACGCUUGAACUUCGUGAAUUAAAAACCAAGUAGCUGGA